AUGCCAGCCAGGAGAAACAAAGUUGGCGUUUUGGACGGUUUUGAUGUUGAAAACCCCCACAAAGAGAGGAGGACGUGCGGCCUGCUGGGGGUCUUGUUGACUCUUCUGUCAGUGGGCUUCAUCAUCCUCACGUUCCCUGUCACAGCAUGGACGUGCGCCCAGGUGAUCCAACAGUACGAGCGUGCUGUCAUCUUCAGGUUGGGCCGUGUCGUUACUGGACCAGCCAAAGGACCUGGCCUUUUUUGGUUCAUCCCCUGGCUGGAUAGCAUCCACAAAGUGGACCUGAGGACCGUCUCAUUCCACAUGCGACCACAAGAGAUACUGACCGCUGACGGUGUGUCGCUAAAGGCGUCCGCUGCGGUGUUUUACCAAGUGGUGGAGCCCUCCCUCUGGGUGACACGUGUAAAAGACGGCCACUUGGCCACGCAUACGCUUGCUCAAACGGUACUGAGGGCCACGCUGGGCAAGCACACCCUGGCGGAAGUCCUGACCCAAAGUGCACGACUGGCGAGGAAGCUUAAGGAGGCGCUGUGUGCUGCUUCCUCAGAGUGGGGCGUCUGGGUGGAGCGGGUGGCCUUGAUGAACCUGAGCCUACCUGCUGGUCUGCAGCGUUGUCUGGCCUCAGAGGCCGAGGCGUCCAGGAAGGCGAGAGCCAAGAUGAUAGCGGCCAAGGGGGAAGCAAAGGCGUCUCGAGCUUUAAAGGAGGCGGCGUCCAAUCUCCCUCCCGUGGCGCUCCACCUGAGGUACCUGCAGGCUUUAUCCUCAGCACCGAGCAGCACCAAUGUCCUGGUGGUCUCGCUACCUACAGAACUAAUGGACGCCUUCAUCGCCAACAGCCAGCGGUUCUGUUAAGGAACCACAACUGCAAAGCAAUCGAUAUGUUUUGGGGGUUGUUUUUUUCUAAAUUAA